GGACACUUUUUCACUGCCUCUGUCCCUCCACGCGCACCCUGUGUUCCGCAAAACUGCUGAUCUUAAAAAAACAACUACUACUUGAUAUUACUACCGUCUAUAUCAAUGUCGAGUUGUUAAUGCUAUUCAGUUUAUUAUCUUUUUAUAUUCCAUCUGAAAAUCAAAAUUUGAUCAUAUUUUCGAAUUAAAAACCAAAAAAAAGAAGUUCGAAUCGCGCUUCACGGAGAUAUGUUGGCGGUUUCUUGGCCUGCGCUUCUCGUGUAUAUUCUGCCUGGCUUCGUCAAUGGCCAGAACCGAAAUGGCUUUCCUCCGCCAGACCCGAACAACCUCGGUCUCGAAGCUCCUAGUUACGACCCAAGACGAGACUUCCAGCCCCCUCCUCUUAACGGCAGCGCCCUGAGCCAGCGAGACCUGGGGCCGUGCCGUUCCUCAGGGCGCGUGGAACCGGGGAACCUCACCUGUUACUCGUGCAAGCUGGACUUCAGGCCGAGGAACUACAAGUGGGACCACCCUUGCCUCGGACGCCAUUCGGGUCUCACCGUGAAUCCCGAUUAUCUGGUGGCGUGCGGACCCAAUGAUAAGUACUGCAGGGCAGAGAGAACAGAAGUCAACGGGAUCCUGAUAUUACUCACGAGGGAGUGCACGGACGAGUGUUAUUACGGCUGUCGACCCAAAGGCUUCGGGAUAAACUUCGAGUCGUGUGCUCAGUGUUGUAACAGCCACGGUUGUAAUGACAUGUACCCGGAGAGUUUAGCGUCCAUUCCCCACGUUAGCAGAGUGGUUGUUAGCUGGUGUCUCGCUCUCCUCUGUUUCUCUCUCUUUUAAGGCGUGUUUUGGCUGCUCUUCGAUUUAAUUUUGUCUCUGUCCCUGUUUGUUAGUCUGUCUGCCUG